AUGGCUGGUGGGACUAUUAGAUUGCUUAUAGGGGUUUCUUCAAUUUUGUAUCUGAUAUGCGGUUCAUUGGGAUUUAAUCCAGUGGAUAAGCAUCUGAUAACCUGUGGAUCAAAAACCAAUGUAAAAGUUGGUGAUCGUGUAUUUGUAUCUGAUGAGUCUGAUUCCAGUAUCCUCUCAACCCCACAAAAAAUCUCUGGCAAUUCAAGUUCCAUAUCUUCCUCCUUCGAUUCAGUUCUGUACCGAAGUGCAAGAAUAUUUAGUGGAACCUCCGUUUACACAUUUCCAAUAAGAAAACAAGGGCGUCAUUGGGUUCGCCUCUAUUUCUCUCCUUUUGUUCAUGAGGGUUACAAUUUGAGCACAGCAAAGUUCUCUGUUUCUGCUCAAACUUUCACCCUUCUCAAGGAGUUCAAAAUAGAGAGCGGUUACCGCAUGAGAGAAUACUCCUUGAACAUAACUUCGGACAGUCUAGUUCUCACCUUUACGCCUGCCACCAAUUCAUUUGCUUUUAUAAAUGCCUUAGAAGUUGUUUCGCUCCCGGACGAGCUCAUUACAGAGGAUGCCAUAACCAUUGGUUCAAAGGAAAAUCACCAAAAUUUGAGGAAGCGAGCAUUAGAGACAGUUGAGAGAGUGAAUAUGGGUAAUGAAACAGUGUCUCCCCAAAAUGAUACCUUGUGGAGACUUUGGGUUUCUGAUGAUCCUUAUUUGACGCACAAUGGUUUUCCUACGUUUGUUUCAAACAAGGAAGCUGUCAAGUACACGACCUGGCCAACGGAGGAUAUCGCCCCUCCUUCGGUCUAUGGCACCGCGACUAAGUUGAACUCGUCGAGAGAUCUUAGUCUGAAUGCCAAUCUGACAUGGCAUUUUGAAGUUGAUCCUGGUUUUGAGUAUCUGGUUCGGUUUCACUUCUGUGACAUAGUCAGUGAAUCUGCUCCACCUGACAUAGGCAGUGAAUCUGCUCCACCUCCCAUCCUCAGAGUUUUUAUCAAUUCUCUGUUCGUUUCUAAUAGUCUUGAUCUUAGAAAUCUGACAAAAAAUAUCUUAGGCACCCCAUAUUUUAUGGAUGCCAUUAUGAGGGUAAGUGAUAGCAAGAAGCUAACCGUAAGUGUUGGCCCUAAUAAUCCAGACGCACCUGACUCAGUUGUCUUUCUCAAUGGGCUGGAGAUCAUGAAAAUAAGCAAUUCUAGGAGCAGCUUGGACUCUUCUUUGAAUAAAAGCUCUAAGAUGAAAGUUGGUGUUAUAGUGGGUUUGGCUGUUGGACUAUUCAUUGCUAUUGUGUUGGCUGCAGUUUUCUUCCUGCUGUGCAGAAGAAGACUAACACAUGCCAUCCAUUCAAGGACAGAUGAUGUUAUGGUGAAUGGAAUGGAAAGGAAAGACACCGAUAGCACAGCGAUGUUUUCUGUCUCAAAAAUUGGGUAUCGCUUUCCUUUCGUGGCAAUUCAAGAGGCUACUGAUAAUUUCAGUGAGAACCUAAUUGUUGGGGCUGGUGGUUUUGGGAAAGUUUACAAAGGAGUUUUAAGGGACAACACAAAAGUGGCAGUUAAGAGAGGAGCUUCCCAUUCAAGGCAGGGUCGUGCAGAAUUUCGGACAGAAAUUGAAAUGUUGUCUCAGUUCCGCCACCGCCAUUUGGUAGCAUUAAUUGGAUACUGUGAUGAGAAAAAUGAGAUGAUCGUUAUUUAUGAGUACAUGGAAAAUGGGAGCCUGAAGAACUAUCUGUAUGGCUCAGAUUUUCCAAGCUUAAGUUGGAGGCAAAGGCUUGAAAUAUGUGUUGGAGCUGCCAAAGGACUUCACUAUCUUCACACUGGCUCUACAAAGGCAAUUAUUCACCGGGAUGUUAAGUCUGCCAAUAUACUACUGGAUGAGAAUUUUAUGGCCAAGGUUGCUGAUUUUGGGCUGUCAAAAACUGGUCCUGAGAUUGAUCAAACGCAUGUCAGCACCGCGGUCAAAGGCAGCUUUGGGUAUCUUGAUCCAGAUUACUUAACAAGGCAACAGCUGACAGAGAAGUCAGAUGUGUACUCAUUUGGGGUGGUGAUGUAUGAAGUCCUUUGUGGAAGACCUGUUAUUGAUCCAUCUCUCCCAAGGGAAAAGGUGAACUUAGUUGAAUGGGCACUGAAGUGGCAGAAAGAUGGGAGAUUGGAGGAAAUUGUAGACCCCCUUCUUGCAGGUCAAGUAAAGCUGGAUUCAUUGAAGAAGUAUGGAGAGAUAGCUGCAAAAUGCUUGGCACAACACAGCGUUGAUCGACCUACGGUGGGAGAUGUGUUGUGGAACUUAGAAUAUGUGCUACAGCUCGAAGGAAACAAUGGACGAUCAGAUCACAAUCGCAGGUCAUCUUUGCAAGCUGAUCACACCAACCUCCUGGAGAGCAGUGUAUCUAAUGCAGAAUUUAGCAUGGGAAGUGUAGGGGACCUUGCUGGUGUCUCAAUGAGCAAGGUCUUUUUCCAGAUGGUGAAGGAGGAAAUGAGGUAG